AAGAAGGGUCUGAGCUGGUUGGCCGCAGCCGGAGGAAGCGCGCGGCUCUUCCUGGGUUCUUGUCGCCGUCCCCGAAGCAAACCACAGUGAAGAGACGAAAUCCUAAUGGUGACAACAUGAAGAUCAAAUCUGCCAAGAAGAAGUGUUGGCUGCCCAGAGCCAAGAGAGGAGAGAACGGAGUGGACUCAGUAAAAGCUGAAGAUGAGUUGGAGCCGGUGGCUGAGGAGGACUCUCCUGAAGAGGACACCGAUGGAGGGAGUCCCAACAUCCGCAUCAAGGAGGAACCAGUUUCACAGGACAUCAGUGAGGAGCACCCUGGAGAUCCAUCCAGCUGCUCAGACACUAACCCAGACUCUGUUACGUUCAGAGCCGAUGUGGACCAUCAGCAGGGGGGCGUGAAGGAGGAGUGUGACUCCGACCAACGGCCCGGUUCAGAGGUCACCGUGAAGGAGGAGUGUGAGUCGUGGAUUAAAGAAGAGCGGGACGAGCAGGAGGUGACAAACGCCUCGGAAGGAGAUGGUGGAGAAGAAGAGGAGGUCCUCACAGAGUCGUCAUGUGACUUCUAUCCAUGUCCUCACUGCACUGUCUCCUUUACUGACCUAGACUUCUUGGAAAAGCACGUCAAGUGGGUGCAUCAGAAACAGUAUCUCGCCAAUCUGAAAAACUGCCUGACGAGCAGCACGCUUCCCCUGGUCCCCGAACACACCUGCACCGUCUGCAGCGGCACCUUCAAAUCUAAAGCCCACCUGAGGGUGCACGCCCGGGAAGCCCACCCGUCCGCCCCGCCCCGCAGACUCCACCCCUGUCCCACCUGCGCGCGCAGCUUCCAGUACCUGAAGAACCUGAAGAACCACUGCCAGCGCUGGCACAGCAUGUCCGUGGUCACCGGCGGGGGCCACCUGAGCUGCGCCGACUGCGGCAAGAGCUUCAAAGCCACGUGGGGCCAGGGGCCUCACCUGUGUCACGAGGCGCGCGGCGCGGAGCCCGAGGACACGCCCAUCUGCCUGGACGUCGGUGUGCAGUGUCAAGAGUGCGGCAAGAAGAUGGGCACCCCGCAGAGCCUGCAGGACCACAUGCGCACCCACACGGGCGACAGGCCCUUCGUCUGCAGGGACUGCGGCCGGCGGUUCGUGGAGCGCAGCGGCUGGCGCCAGCACAUGAAGAUACACACGGGGGAGAAGCCCUUCAAAUGCCAGGUGUGCGGGAAGGCCUUCUUGAGAUCGCACCACCUCAAGUGCCACUUGACCACGCACUCCGGCAAGAAGGAGUACUCCUGCCCUGAGUGCGGGAAGGAGUUCGGGUUCAAGUCGAGUCUGGACCUCCACCUGAGGACGCACUCCGGCGAGAAACCCUUCCACUGCGGCGUGUGCGGGAAGAACUUCAACACCCAGAGGAACCUGAGGGUGCACACCAAGCUGCACACCAGAGACAAAGCUCACCAGUGCGGGGAGUGCGGCCUGAAGAUCGGAGAUCUCGGGGCCUUGAAAAUCCACCUGCGGACCCACACGGGGGAGAGACCCUACCACUGCACGGUCUGCGGCAACCGGUUCAUCCGCCUCGCGCACCUGCGGAACCACCAGCGCACCCACACGGGGGAGAGACCCUACAAAUGCAGCGACUGCGACAAGAGUUUCACUCAGUCGGGCGACCUGGUGAAGCACAGGAGGAUCCACUCGGGGGAGAAGCCCUACGAAUGCCCCGACUGCCACAAUCGCUACACCUCCUCCGGGGACCUGGGCAAGCACCGGAGGAGCCACACCGACCUGCGUCCCUACGCGUGCCCGCAAUGCGCCAAAGGCUUCCGCCUGUCGGGCCACUUGAAGACGCACAUGCUGACGCACACGGGGGAGAAGCCGUAUUCCUGCCCCAACUGCCUCCGCCGGUUCGCUCGCUCUCACCACCUUUCUGGUCACGUGGCCAAAUGUCGCUGAGCGUUGGCC